CGAGAGAACGAAGACCUAAGUCCAGAUCUCCGUCGACUAGACGAAGGAGGAUGGAGUCGAAUUCUCCGGUGCGACUGGUGCGCCCAGCAUGGGAGCAACGGCGAAACGAUUUCCCUCCACCGGGUAAUCGAGCCUAGUUUACUGCGGAUCUCAAGGAAGAGAUUUUCAAGCUGCGGCGGGAGAUGGACAAAGUCAUGAAGACCAUGGAGCAACUGACAUCGAAACCAGGAGAAAUGAAGCCCUCUCAGAUGGACAAGGUGGACGACACCAAGAAAGAUGAUGCUGCGAAUGUCGAACGGAAGGUGAAGGAACCGGUUACUGCAUCUGAACUCAAAUCGAUCAUGGAUCGCGUUCUCAGACCAACUGAGAAUGCACAGGUACUACCGAGCAUUCAAGCGGCCACAAACACGGAUGGGCAGAAGGCAACUGCGGACGACGACAAGGUGGACAAGAUGUUUUCAGAGGUGCGAAAGGAUGUCAAUGACCUAAAGCUCCUCAAGUACGACUUGGUGGUAAUGAAAGGUGCAUUCAAGUUACUGAAGAUCAAUGAACCUACACGAACCUACACUCCGAUUGUGUCAUCAUCAGUACAUCCUAACCGCUAUCUUGGAGCCUUGACUGGGCUUCCUACUUCAGUAAACGGCAGCCGCAGCGCUUCGACACGCAGCAUGCCAAGUCGAAGUGUACCGAGCCGCAGCAAGCUGGGAAGACCGUUUCCGCCGUUUCCAAGGAAGGGACGUACAAGGACCAGGCCGCGAACAGCAGCAACCACACCGAAAGCAAAACGGAACAUCAAUUUCGGCCUUGAACCAAUGUCAGAUAACCAACUUCUUCGUCUUCACACUGAUCUGAAGGACCUGUGCAAGAUGCAUGACAUCAAAUACAAGGACAAACCACAGGCGAAUCCUGGGGAAACAUUCGUGGAAUGCCCGAGAGCAUGGUAUGAUAAGACUAAGAAUUUCUUCCUUGAGUUGAAUACUAUGAACUCGUAGACCAAACAGAAGAUGAAAUUUUACAAAUGACGAGAAACACGUAUCAGGAAUUGAGAUUGAAUA